CCUUGGUGGUAUCAUAUGCAUAUAGUCUACAGUCUACACACGACUCUAUCGGUCUCGGUCCGCUCCGUUUGUCGCGGUCGUUUCCAUCGUUAACAGCCUGAAAAUUACCGAUAAAGAGAACCGGUGUCUGAUCGCAGUUUUCCCUGCGUUUUAAGAGUUAAAUAUGGGACAAUCACUUUGCUGUAUUCAAGUGGACCAGUCAACCGUAGCCAUCAAGGAGACCUUUGGAAAGUUUGAUGAUGUGCUUGAUCCUGGUUGUCACUUCUUGCCUUGGUGUUUUGGGAGUCAGUUAUCUGGGCACCUUUCAUUGCGUGUGCAGCAACUUGAUGUUCGAUGUGAAACAAAGACUAAGGACAAUGUCUUUGUCACUGUGGUUGCAUCCAUUCAGUAUCGUGCUUUGGCAGACAAAGCUGCUGAUGCUUUCUAUAAGCUCAGCAACACCAGGGAGCAGAUUCAAGCAUACGUUUUUGAUGUUAUCAGGGCAUGUGUUCCGAAGUUGGACUUGGAUUCCACCUUUGAGCAAAAGAAUGAAAUAGCGAAAGCUGUGGAACAAGAGCUUGAAAAGGCAAUGUCAGCAUAUGGUUAUGAGAUUGUCCAAACACUUAUUGUGGAUAUUGAACCGGAUGAGCAUGUAAAGAGAGCAAUGAAUGAAAUAAAUGCAGCUGCUAGAUUGAGAGUGGCAGCAAAUGAGAAGGCUGAAGCAGAGAAGAUAUUACAGAUCAAGCGAGCUGAGGGAGAUGCAGAGUCCAAAUAUCUGGCGGGUCUUGGUAUAGCUCGACAGCGCCAGGCCAUUGUGGAUGGAUUGAGGGACAGUGUACUGGCCUUCUCUACAAAUGUGCCAGGGACAACAGCAAAGGAUGUAAUGGACAUGGUACUGGUGACCCAGUACUUUGAUACAAUGAAGGAGAUUGGAGCAUCAUCAAAGUCUUCUUCCGUUUUCAUCCCACACGGGCCUGGAGCUGUGAAGGACGUUGCCUCACAGAUUAGAGAAGGUCUCCUUCAGGCCAACUCCACUCAGCAGUAGGGUCUAUGGUUUGCCGGAAUGGAUAUCUUUCUACUUGGUGGUGUAUAUUGCUGUUAGAGGGAGGUUGUUAAAUCUCUGUUAAUUGCAACUUUUUCCCUUGCAUUUGGGAUGGCCUGGCCCAAGCCUGUGGAAACCUGAAGGCUAAGGUGCAUGUAAUAUAUGUUGUGUAUUCUUUGGUGGAAUAAUGUGUGUUUUACACAUCUAUACUGUUAAAACUUUCAUACUAUUUACCAUAUGUUUGGAUGUUAAUACAUAUAUAUUGUGGUCUC